AUGGCGCAAGUAAGCAGAGGAGAACAGGCAGAGGAGGUCAAUGGAUCAUCGAUCAAGAGAGGGGAUGAGGAGGACGCAGCAGAGGGGAGUGCGGGUUUCAAACUUAACGUCCACGCGCCGGAGUUCGUACCCAGGUCACAGUUGCAAGCCGUGCCGCCCUUGUCGGGCUGCUUCUACCCUUACCUCCCUUUCUUCGAGAAUGGAUGCGGCGGCUCGGCGCUGGGGCCGGGGUGGUUCUACUUUGCGGAGCAAGAACCCAUUCACUUCAUCCCGGAUUUCCAUGGAAAGGUUGCAGGACAUUCGAAGGACAGCAACGAUGUGAUCCAGAAGAUCGUAAAGCAGGUGGAGUACCAAUUCAGUGAUACUAAUCUGGUCGCGAACGACUUCCUAAUGAAGAUCAUGAACAAAGAUCCACAAGGCUUCGUUCCGAUGUCGGUUGUCGCAUCUUGGAAGAAGAUAAAAUCUCUGGGUGCAAACCAUCACAUGCUCAUCAAAGCACUUGGGACCUCAACCAAGCUCGCUCUUAGCGAGGACGGCAAGAAGAUUCGGCGUAAACAACUCUUCACGGAGCGAGACAAAGAGGAACUGCAGUCUCGCACUGUUGUGGUAGAGAACUUGCCCGAGGAUUACUCACGUCAGAACCUUGGAAAGCUUUUCAGCGUUGUUGGGAGCGUGAAGAACAUCCGGAUAUGCCAUCCUCAAGAACCCAAUUCUGCCACAAGUUCUAAAAGCGAUGUGCUAAUCAAUAACAAGCUGCAUGCACUCGUGGAGUAUGAGAGUACCGAGCAAGCUGAGAAGGCAGUUGAGAAGCUAAACGACGAAAGGAACUGGAGAAAAGGCCUUCGAGUUCGAACUAUGCUAAGAUGCUCGCCAAAAUCCGUGAUAAGAAGCAAGAAAUUAGACUUCGAUCACUUCGAUCUGUACGCCGAGGACGAUCAAUCACCUUCCUCUCCAACAUUAGGCUCUCCUCGCAUCGAACACCUACUUGACCACAGCACGGAAGACAACCAAAGCGGUUCCAGAAAAGGACGGGGAAGGGGGCGAGCCAAGUCGCAUGGACUACUGCUUCAGAGUCACAGUGAGAGUGGCUUACUGCCCCACUCGCCACACUCAGGCGGCGCCCUCGGCCAUGGAGAAGCCUCGAGCAAGCAGAGUCCGCAGGGGCCAAGAAUGCCCGACGGCACGCGCGGGUUCGCCAUGGGUCGCGGGAAGCCGCUGAGCCCUGUGCUUGGACGCGCGCCAUCACCAGCAGCAGCAGGUCCAUGAGUCGUCCCUUCACCCGUGAAUCAGAAGCCGGUGGCUGUGGGGAACAUCCCGCUUUCCUUCAUAGCGAUGGUGAAAGGUGUUGUAAUGAUUAGCCGCUCGCUGGCUGGGUUGAUCGGAGUGAGCGACGCUGUAAUUCUUCCCUCUUUUCCCACUGUCGAGUGCUCAUUUUGUUCCUUCAUUGCUUCAACCACUGAUUUGUACGAUGUAAUGGUCUGCAGCUAGAAACCAAUAAAUAUUCGGAUGAA